CUCAAACCUAAAAUUCUCAUGGACUCAAAACCCUCCAUCACCACCAGUUCCCCCACCCACCCAAACUCAUAUAUACAUACAAAUAUAUGUGUAUGUAUAGCCCGUAUCUUCUCCUGCCUUGAUUAUCUGAUUUAUCCGUACGUUCUCUAUUGAAGUUUAUCAGUCCAUUCGCAUUGCUUUAGCUAUUCUAUCACUCGUCCAGAUUACAAUCUGCAAUUUCGAGAAACCCCAUUUGUAUUUUGAGUACGUUCUCUGGGAAUUUGGAUUGCACUUGAUUGAUUUUGUGUAUUUCUUAAGAUGGGACUGAAUUAAUUUUCCAAGAUUAUUCUUUUGAUUUGGAUGUGAUAGGAGAAUGCAUUUUUCGGUGAUAUACUGAUAAAAGCUGCGAUUUUGGCUGGUGGGUAUGAAUGAAAAUUAGGGCUUUCCUAGAACAUGCUCACUCUGCGACUAAUUCGCAGGUUUGGCGCCGUACACCGUAAUCUCGCCGCCGCAGCUUUUUCUUCAUUCGUUGGAAAAAGUAGUCCUGCUAGCAGUAGAGCUGGAAAACCUAGUUCAGUAGAUGAGCCUGCAUUGGUUAAACUAAAGAAGGAAAGGGACCCUGAGAAGUUGUUCAAUUUGUUUAAGGCUAAUGCCACAAAUAAGGUUGUUGUUGAGAACCGAUUUAUCUUUGAGGACACAGUCUCUAGGUUAGCUGGGGCAGGCCGGCUUGAUUAUAUUGAGAUUUUGCUUGAGCAUCAGAAGACUCUGCCACAGGGUCGUAGGGAAGGGUUCAUUAUACGAAUAAUAAUGUUGUAUGGGAGGGCUAGAAUGACUAAGCAUGCUGUCAAUACGUUUUGUGAUAUGCAUUUGUAUGGUUGUGCGCGGACCGUUAAGUCAUUCAAUGCUGCUUUGAAGGUAUUGACAGACUCUCGUGAUUUACAGACGAUUGAUUGGUUUCUAAAUGAUGUUCCUGGUAGAUUUGGAAUUGUGCUAGAUGCAUAUUCGUUUAAUAUUGUUAUCAAGGGUUUCUGUGAAAUGGGUCUACUGGAUAAGGCGUUUCUUGUCAUGGCUGGGAUGGGAACAUGGGGACUAGCUCCUGAUGUUUUCACGUACACCUCGCUUAUAGAGGCCUGUUACAAGUCAAACUGGCCAGAGAUUGCAAAUGGGCUGUGGAGCCGGAUGCUAUUAAAAGGUUGUCUUCCCAAUAUUGCAACCUUCAAUGUGAGGAUUCAGUUCUUGGUAAAUAAGGGGCGGACAUGGGACGCUAAUAAGUUGUUGGAUUUCAUGCGGAGAUUGAAGAAAUCUCCUGAGUUUCCUGAUGAGAUCACAUAUAAUUUGGUGAUCAAAGGUUUCUGCAAAAUGGGAAAUCUAAAAAUGGCUAUGUAUGUGUAUUCUGCUUUUAGGAGUGAGGGCUACAAGCCAAAUCAAAAAAUUUACCAAACCUUGAUCCAUUAUUUCUGUGAAGCAAGAGAAUUCGACAUGGCAUACAACAUGUGUAAACAAAGUAUGGAGAACAACUGGUAUCCUAGUGUGGGUACCAUUAACAAUCUGAUCGAAGGCCUGGUCAGAGACGGAAAACUCGAGAAGCUUGAUAAGGCAAAACAUAUCUAUAGUCUUUCUUUGAAAAGGAAACCUCCUUUUAAUCCAGUUCAAAUUGAACUCAUGAAAUCCAUUGUAUCAAGGAAAUGAACUAAUUUAUUGGAUGGGUUAGCUGUCUCAUAGGAAGAUAAUUUAAUUGAUUGGUUAUGGAGCAAGGUCGAUUGUAGCUUUGCCUUUGAGAUACUACCUUUGAUGACUGCGUGGAAUUUCUUCAGUCCGAUUCUGGUUUUGCUCAAAUGAGUUCUUAGUGAGAUAAAAACUCUAAGAGGACAGCUCACUAAGUUGUUUUAGGUGAUUGCUGGAUGCAGCAAGGGACUCCUGUGUGAUUAUGAUGAAGCUCUAAGCCUCUAAUAGUUGGUAAACUGAAGGGCUGCACUAAUUUUUCUAUUUCAGCUGAUUGCUGCAUGCUAGUUUAGAAGAAUAUACAGGAACAAGUUAGAGUGAAUUGCCAGAGUGAGCUUGGGGGAUUUAUAAAACAGGGUGCUGAUUUGUUGUGUAUUUACAUCCUAUUUAUAUGCGUUAAAUCUACGAGAUAUACUGACAGCACUAUUCUUAUGAGUUAGGCUGUGUUAGUUCCUCCGUUUGCUCUGAGCAACUCCCUCCUGGUGAUGUUCCUUGUUGAAUUCUAAUGCACACUUGACAAACUUAGAAAGCAAAUUUUUUGUAACAUGAUUGAAUUCAUGUUUGAGUUCUUGUUCAAUAAAUCUCUAAUUUAGCUUGCUAAAGAAGCUCA